AAAUGAUUGGUCUAUUCACCGGCUGUCAAAAGCUGUUUCUGUACUGUUUGUGUAUCAUUGUACCUGUGUUGCCUUCAUGUCGUGCUGUGGUGCCCUUCUUUAGUGAUUUUAGUGUGUUAAUUUUGUCGUCGUAUUCGUAUGCUGUACUGCAAAGGUGUUUCAGCUAGUUUUAUUCCCUAGGGUGAAGAGAUCUUCCAAAUUAUAGACCUUUCAUUAUGUUUUUAUCGACGACAUUGCAAGUCCUAAAAUAGUGGAUUUUUAGGUUAACUUAUUAUUGAUUUAGACAUCCCAUAUUUCAAGUUUUAACAUUAUUCCUUGACCUUAUAAGUUAACUUAGCAUAUGAACAUCGUUUGAAGAAUUAUUAACAAGUCAGACAUUUCUUUGAAAAUUAUAAACCAGCACAUUCAUAAAGCACAAUAAGAAAAACAUGAUAACUUGCCAUGUCUCCUGUAAAUAGGAACAACAAUUAUUUUAAAGCAUCUUCUGUGAUACUGUUAGAAGGUAAUGUUCGACAGUGAUGUCUAUAAGCACUAGUAGCUCUAACUACACGGGAGCAACGUCUGCCAUGGGAGUGCCAUAUCAGCCUAGGCUCCCUUCUCCGGGAAACGGAGACAUUGUAGAUGAUUGGCCCAAUAGUACAUUCAAUGUAUCACUGAUAUCGUCUGUGUUCGGUGUUACGUAUUGCACACACUGGGGGCCAGUGAACCAUGGAUAUUUUCAACUUGCCAAUACGUUUUUCUUUCUCUCGUAUCUUGCCCCGAAUGGACUAUAUGGAAUUCUAUAUCUGAGAUGUACUUUGUUGGUCGGCUGUGCUUUUUUCGCGCUGUGGGGUUGGGCAGUGUUGUGUUCAUUUGACGCUUUCCUGUGGAACGCUAACUUUGUGGCGAUAAACUUCAUCCACGUUUGCAUCCUCCUGUACCAUUUACGACCCAUCAAAUUCACAAAGGAAGUUGAAGAGGUGUAUCAGGCGCUAUUCAGGCCGCUGAAGGUGACGAGGCAUCAGUUCAAGAAGGUGCUGGACUGUAUGAAGAUGAUCCGUCAACUCAAAUACCAGGAGGUGUACGCCCAGGAGAAGGUCACCAAAGUAGACAGCUUAUCAUUGGUGCUCUCGGGAAAAUUGGUGGUGUCACAGAAUGGUCGAGCGUUACACAUCGUGUUCCCUCACCAGUUCCUCGACUCCCCCGAGUGGUUUGGAGUCUCCACCGACGAGUACUUCCAGGUGUCUGUGACUGCUAUGGAAGACUCUCGUGUUUUGCUGUGGCACAGAGACAAGCUCAAGUUGUCCAUCAUCACAGACCAGUUCCUCCAAGCAGUCUUUGACCAUAUUCUUGGUCGAGACGUUGUCAAGAAGCUCAUGCAGGUGAGCGAGACUAUGUCGGCAACCAACUCGCACAACGGACAUCUCGCCAACAUGGACGAAACUGACGACAAGCCGAUGCUGAUUGUGAAGAAGACGGGCGACGGUCCUGGCAUUACAGCACUGAUUAACAGGCAGCUGCAAGAUGAUGAGCAUGCCCCAUUGAUACGUAGAGUCUGCCAUGAUCGUAGCCUAGAAAUGGUUAACCUCGCUCUUCAUAAUCCGGUUCCCUGACAGCCAAUGAUCCCAAUGCCUGGAGGCUCGGCAGGAUCGAGGAGGCCGACCACGAGACGCCAGUUUGACUCCCUCCUCGGAACUCCGGUCUGACGAGUCUCGAUAAGUUCUGAGGAUCUCAAACUCUAUAUUCAGAAGAUGAUAUUUUCGUUAUGUGUGAUAUAGAUGUAUUUUAUUUUAUGUUUCGUAAACUUGUUUUUCUAAGUGUAAAGCUUGAGAAUUGAAAUGGUGACUGUACUUACAAACUGUAGCUUUAGCCGAGGUAUUUACUGCCUGUCUUUUCCUAUGGUCGUUUACGAUUGACUUGGGUUUUGCAUGCAUAUGUUAUGUUUUUCCUCACUAAAUGUCUUAGUGAUUUUUACAGGUUUUUCAAUGUGACUUUUUAGGUUUUUAUUUUUUAGAAUACAGUAUUUCCUUUGUUUUGUAUAGGUACUAAAUUAUUUUUAUACUAUUUUGAAAUUCUUUAUUUUUAUAUCCAUCAGAGAAUAAACAAAUUAAUUUAAAGAAUUAAUUUCUUUAAAAUCAUAAUUAAUAUGGCUAUUAAUUUGCCAUACCAAAUUUUAACAACCAUCGUGGUGAUAUGAUUUUACUUCUGUUAAUUCUGUUAAGUUAAGGAAUUCAUUUAAAGACAGUAAAGUGAAAUUUAAAUCUACAUUAAAAAGUUUACAAUCUUUUAGUGUAUUCAUAAUAAAAGGUUGACACGAAAAUGAUUACUGGUAAAACCUAAAAAUUAAGCAAAAACACUAUUAACAAUUAUUUGAAUGAAAUGAUUUUUUAGUGUCUGGUAAAUAGUGACAAAUGAGUAGAUUUCUAGACAAAGUUUCCGUCUAGUGCCUUCCCAACCCUAUCAUACAUCUUGGCAUGUAGAUUGUAUAUGUAAAUGUGACCUAUAUCAAACUUGUACCAGUCAAAUCUGUGGAGCUAGUUGAUGUAUAUAGGAAAAAGCAGAUGCACUAUAAAACUACUGUAGGAAAACAUUAAAUUUUAUACAUGUAUAUACAAUCUGUUUAAGAAUUACUUAAAAUGUUAUAAUGUCUUAUAUUCAUCUCAAAAUAUUAAAAAUGCAAAAUUGACAAAAAUCUAUUAUUUACAUUUUAUUUGAAAAACUGUAGAUUUUGUAGAAGGGAUUAAUAGGUUGCGUGAUUUGAUCAGUUGUGAGGUAGAUUCUUUGUGGAUUUUCUUAGGAAUAAUGAGUUGAAUUUACAAUUUUGUGCUUCUUAUUUGGAUAUUUUAAUGAAAAUGUUCCUAUACUAUAGUAAUGAUUGAGGAUAGAAAAUUAAGAAAAGCAACAGCACAUUUAAAAUAUUGUAGAUUUUACUAUUUUUUACCUAUACUUAUUAACUAAUAAAUUAAAAUGUUAAGCCUGGAUUGUGCAAACCUAUAGAUUUUUUAAUAAUCAUAAUAUCAAAUAGUUAAUUGAACAUUAAAUUAGAUACAAUUCAGCAUUGGCAUUGAAACAGUUCUGAGAGUACAUGAAUAAGCAUAUCAACAAAUUAUAUUUUACCUACUUAGUCAAAGAAUAUAACAUCUAAUUAGCAUUUUAAAUCAUAGUAAAAAUGUAUAUUUUAAAAGUGACAUAACAUUUGAAAGUAUCUUUAAGUUUCCUGGAUUUUGUAAAAAUAUUUUUGAGAAUAACAAAGAAAAGGUUUAUGGUUUUUAGUAGUGACGUGAUGAUACCAAAAUAUAUCAAUUCUCAAUUACGGGAACCAAUACCCAAAAAAUAAAUUGUUAAUACCAAUAGCAUUUCUUAUAGUUAUACCAUAUCUUCGGAAUGGAUUAUUUAUACUAUACCAAACCUCUGUCUUUAUGUCCUUCCAUAAAGUAUUUUUGGGGUAAAUGUAGAUCAGACAAAAAUAAUCUAAACGAAAAUUUUAUAACUAGAGGUGUCUCAGCCUGAUAUUUUCUGUCAAGCCGAUCUAGAGGUAAUAUCAUGAUCAAUGAUCAUCUCCUGCUGUUGUGGAGACAUCAUUUCUGGAAUCACUGCAAAAUCUUGAAUUUAUUCCUCUUUCACAAAACAACAUUACUGUCUUUUGCGGUCAAGGCAAAAUCCUGAAAAUCGCUCUGCGGUAACGGGAGAACCAUCAUCGAGUCACGGAAACGUUAUCAAUGUUUCCCGCGAUCACGGCAAAAUCAUGAACAUCUCUCCUGGUCAUGUAGACAUUAUCAUCAUCAUAGACUUUCAGGAUCACAGCAAAAGUCUUAUAAUCUCCUGUGGCCGUGUGGACUUCAUCAGGGUGUCCACAUUCUGGAAAGUCAGGGAUAGUCAGGGAAAGUCAUGGAAAAAAAUUCUAGUCAUUGAAAGUCAUGGAAAUAGGCAAAUAGUCAUGGAAAGUCAUGGAAAUUCCCAAUGAUGGAUGGAUUUGACGGGACUUAUACAGGACUUACAAUUUUCUAGUUGGCCGUAACCCUGACUUUUGUAGCAUUUUUCAGGAUUUUUUACAAUUGUACGACAAUUUAAUUUAUUACAGUUGUAUUACUUGAAUACAAUCUGUCCCUACUUAUCUUAUAAUUUAAUUUAAUAUUAUUAACUUAUUGUAGGAUAUUGUUGCAAUAGUAGUGUAUAUUAAAAUGUUACAACUUUAUUAUUACAACUCAAAUUGCAAUACAGUACAAAUAUUAUUAUAAUGUUUCGAGUUAUCUAAGUUCGUGAGGAGCU